UUUCUGUAUAAUCUUUCCUUGAUUCGAAAUUUGAAAUUUCUUGCCGUUGCUUAGCGUCAAUGGCGAGUGCUACAGGGGCAAGGAGAUCGUCGGCAGCGGCGGCGACGUCGUCGUCUUUGGCGAAGCGCCAUGCGUCUGCGUCGGAAAAUUUUGGAAAAGCGGCGUCGACGGCCGCCGCGGCGAAGAAGCGCCCGGCGCUUGCUAAUAUUACCAACCAGAGGCAUGGAUUUGCUUCUGCGACUUCCGUUCGGACGUCUAUGCCUGAAUCGUCGAAAAUGGCACCAUGCUCUGCUAAAAUCGUGAGCAUCAAGAAGGGACCUUCAGCUUCCACAAAUGCAAGCCUCCCAGGUCCUACUCUGCCACCAACCUCCUUGGUUAAACAGAGCACGGCUCUUGCGAGUAGAGCUACAUCAUUUCCCAAAAGUGAUGCAAAGCUUCCCAAGACUAUAGCUGCACCCAUCCCCUGCAUCAACGUCGAUGUCUCUCCUGUUAAAUCAGACUCAUUAUCUGUUUCCAUGGACGAGUCUAUGUCCACUUGCGAUUCGUUGAAGAGUCCAGAAGUUGAGUACAUGGAUAGCAACGACAUUGCAGAUGUGAAUUCAAUCGAACGGAAGGCAUCAAACCUGCUCCACAUUUCAGAUAAUAUGGAAAUUCCAGGUAAUACAUGCAAGCGAGAUGUGCUUGCAGUAAUCGAAUCUGCUGACAAGACUGUAGAUGUCGACACUGAUAUGGACAAUCCUCAGCUAUGUGCAACCAUUGCUUGUGACAUUUACAAGCACUUGAGAGCAUCUGAGGCAAAGAAAAGGCCAUCGACGAAUUUUAUGGAAAAGAUACAAACAGACAUAAAUUCCAGCAUGCGGGCAAUUCUCAUUGAUUGGCUUGUUGAGGUUGCUGAGGAAUACAGACUUGUACCUGACACAUUAUACCUGACAGUUAACUAUAUAGAUCGAUAUCUUUCUGGAAAUGCCAUGGAUAGGCAAAGAUUGCAGUUGCUUGGUGUGGCCUGUAUGAUGAUCGCAUCAAAAUAUGAAGAAAUUUGUGCCCCCCAAGUGGAAGAGUUUUGCUACAUAACAGAUAACACAUACUUUCGGGAAGAGGUUCUUCAAAUGGAAUCCGAUGUUUUAAAUUACCUGAAAUUUGAAAUGACUGCUCCUACAACUAAAUGCUUCCUGAGGAGGUUUUUCCGUGCUGCGCAAGGCGUCAACGAGGCUCCGAUGUUGCAAUUGGAAUGCUUGGCCAACUAUAUUGCAGAACUUUCGCUCCUCGAGUAUAACAUGCUCUGCUUUGCACCAUCAUUAAUUGCAGCUUCUUCCAUCUUCUUAGCCAAAUUUAUUCUCCUCCCUUCCAAGAAGCCUUGGAAUUCCACCCUGAGACAUUACACUCUCUACCAGCCCUGCGAUCUCCGCGAGUGCGUUUUCGCACUACACGGGCUCUGCUGCAGUAGCGGCAAAUCGAGCUUGCCAGCAAUUAGGGAGAAGUAUAGCCAGCAUAAGUAUAAAUUCGUGGCAAAGAAGUUUUGCCCUGCGUCCAUACCGAUAGAAUACUUCCAUAACACUUCCAUCUAGUCCUCCAUUUCUCGAUGUCUUUAUAACAACAUCAAGGAUUAGACCGAUGACGACGACGACGAUAUUGAACAAGGAUUCAUGCCCAAACUCAGGCAUUUUAGGGGAAAGAUUUCAACCUCAGUUCACCUCUGUUUAGUUCUUGAUUUAGCACAUUGACACACACACUCUUGUUUCCCCUACAGUCAUGUACCGUCCGGUUCCCUCAAUUUAGACCUAACACCAGUUUUAUAUGUACAGCGUUUCUUGCGAUUUUACAAAAGGACCACAUUUAUUGCAUCUCUAUAAACGGACAACAUAAUAA